AGCGGGCCGGCCGUGAUGGAGCCCUGGGCGGAGAAGGGGGAUGAGGGCGAGAACGUCAGGAUCACCGCCCAGCUGCUGAAGGCCAAGACGGGCGAGUUUGCCCUGGAGUCCAUCCUGCUGCUCAAGCUGCGGGGUCUGGGCAUCUCGGAGCUGGGCUGCCUGGGCGAGUGCGCCAGCCUGGAGUGGCUGGACCUCUCUGGCAACGCCAUCACCCACCUGGGCCCCCUGGCUGCCCUCAAGUCCCUGGCUGUCCUCAACCUCUCGGCCAACCGCAUCUGCAGCCUGGAGCCGCUCAGCGCCUGCGAGAGCCUGCAGAGCCUCAACGUAGCCGGCAACCUGCUGGGCAGCCUGCAGCAGCUGCAGUGCCUGGCGGGGCUGCGCCGGCUGGAGAGCCUGCGUCUGCACAACGCCCGGGCCCACCUCAGCAACCCCGUCUGCGCCACCGGGGCCUACCGCAGCGCCCUGGGGGACCUGCUCCCUGCCCUCAAGGCCAUUGACGGCGAGAGGGUCUCCGGGCGCGGCAGCGAGCUCUACCAGCUCUGCAGGGACCUGGACAGCUCCCUGGAGCCAGGCGGCAGCGGUGGGGCGGGCAGCCCGGAGCCACCAGGCGCAGCCCUGCCCUGGGUGGAGGAGGGCUACUGGGAGCGGAGGCCGGCUCGGCGCAGCUCCAUCAUGGAGGAGGCCUACAAGCAGUUCAACGACGUGCUGCAGGAGUGCCGGGAGCUGAGUGAGAGGGCGGACGACACCAUCUCCCAGGCGGAGCGGGCCCUGAGCGUCCGCAGCGACCCCAGCUCCUACGUGUUCUGAGCUACUUGCUGGGCACCACCUGCAGCGGCAAAGCUGGGGAUCUGCCUCCGUCGCCCAGCUCCAUGGAGGCCCAUGCCUGAGUCCCCACCUGCAAAGCGCCCUCUAGCCCCGGUGCCCUGCCUGCCUGGAACGAGAGCCCCUUUCUUCCUCUUCUGACCACAGCUAGCUUGAGGCCCUGGGGCACUGGCCCUGGCCCUCAUCCCAAGCUGAUCUGGCUCUGUCCCCCAGCCAGAGGGGAGUUUGGGGCCCAAGCCAGAGGGACUUCAGGAGCCGACUGGAUGGAGGGGCCCAGCCCCGCAGCAGGGCUCACCUGGGUCUGAGCCAAUGAGUCCAGCCACGGAGCCCCAGCACCGGUGUGUGUGGGAGCCCCUGAAGCUGGGCACCGGUGAGCCUGGGGGCUUUUCCAGAUCUCUCCACAACACCUCACCAGUUCUCCUUGGGCCUCUGGUGAGUCUGCUCAGCUGCUGGCAAUGCCCCAGGGCUCAGGCUGCCCCCAGCUCCCUCCACCCUGGGCUUAAUUUUCAGAUUGCUCUGGAGACAAUUCCACCAGCAGGCACCGUACGGGCAGCUCAGGGCAAGCAGCCCACCACCAACAGGCAGUGGCCCUGCCUGCUCCAUGGCUCGCUCCUUGGCCUCUCAGCUCACAGGGCCAGUGGGGGCCAGAGGCAGAUAUGGGUUUGGGGAGGGGAUCCCCCAGUCCUUCCCUUUGAGUCUCCUUCCUGCAGGCAGCCUGCCAGCUGCCAGCAGGUCCAGCAUUCAGUCCCUACCAGCCAGGUCCUGGGGGAACCAGUCCCUUCACCAGGGCAGCACCUUCCCUCUCCCAACCCAGUGCCUGUG